UUCAGGGCUUUCAUCCACAUCCAUUGUCUGAACUAUCAUGGAGAGAGUUCCGCUGGAGAUGUGGGCAAACUAAAAACCAUGAUCACAGACAGAAGGCACCGCACUCAACAACAUAUCAGUCCUGGCCAAGAGGAUCCAGUUUCACAGCAAUGGAUGACUCUAAUAAUGACAGCCUAAUAUAUGACGAUGACUAUGAUGAUCAAGUCUGUGAGAAAGGCCAGGUGGUCAAAUUUGGAUCCAUUGCCGUCCCUGUCUUCUUCUCCGUUGUGUUCACGCUGAGCCUCACAGGUAACAUCCUCGUCCUUGUGAUCCUGGCUUUGUACGAAAACCUCAAGUGUCUCACCAACAUUUUCAUCCUAAACCUGGCCAUCUCUGACCUCGUCUUCACCACCGGCCUUCCCUUCUGGGCGAUAUACCACAUCUGGGGAUGGCUGUUUUCAGAAACUCUCUGCAAAACUGUGACUUUUGUCUUCUUCACUGGAUUUUACAGCAGCGUCCUCUUCCUGACCAUCAUGACCAUCUACAGGUACAUGGCCGUGGUCCACCCGCUCUCUAACCUGAGCACAUGGAAACUCAACACAGGAAUUUUCUUGUCUGUCCUACUGUGGAUAAUCAGCAUAGGAGCCGCCAUGCCCUCCCUCCUCUACACCUCCAUCGUCCCAAUCCCCCACAAUGGUGUGCACUCCCUCGGCUGUGAAUACAAAGCUACCGUGUGGAAAACCAUCAGUAUCUCCCAACAGAACAUUUUCUUCCUGGUUGCUUUUGCAGUGAUGGCUUUUUGCUACAUUCAGAUACUGGGGAAAAUUGUAAGAACAAAAUCUAACAGAAAGAACAGAGCAGUCAAGUUGGUCUUCUGUAUUGUGGCCGUGUUCUUCCUCGGCUGGGUGCCGUACAACGUGGUCAUCUUUCUGGGGAUUUUGGCUGAUAAUAUGGUCGCACCAUUUGAUAACUGCACCACAAGUAUCCAGCUUGACUACGCGUUCUAUGUGUGUCGGCUCAUUGCUUUCUCCCACUGCUGCCUGAACCCGGUCUUUUAUGCAUUUGUUGGCGUGAAGUUUAGGAGUCAUCUGAAGUCACUGAUGCAUCGGAUGUCUGUUUGCCAAAGUCAGGUUGAAGAGCAGCAGACUAGAUUGCAAAACUUCUCACGUGGGUCAAUGUACUAGCUGCUGUUUUAAGUACAUGUAUAGUUCCUUGUAUUUACUGCUGCAUGGCUGUUUAAAUGCGAAGUGUGCAUUUGGUUAAAAUCCAUAUAGUAUCAGCAGAAAUGUAGGAACUGGUUCAUUUGAAGCCGUUUGUAGCAAAGGAAACUGAAAAUUCAGGUCUGUUUGUUGUCUGUGUUAAACCUUUGUCAUAAAAAUGUAGCUUGUGUGGGACGCGUUUCCACUUUUGACUUAAAACAACAUUGUGUAAUUUUUUUACCGUGAAAUAACAGCUUCAGAAUCAUGUUGGUGGAACAGUGUCUUGUCUUGUAGUAAGAUGAGUUUUAUCUCGGUCUCAGCCAAUUACAUUGCUCUGACGUAUUGUGUUUUUAGUUAACACCUAAAUUGCAUCUAGCAAACUAUUACUGUUAUUUGUGUUUAUGACAGUGGUGUAGCACUCACAAACUGUGGUAGUUAACAGCACUCGUAAUGUGUGUUUCAAAGGCAUGUAUAAAUAUUAUUAAAGAUCCCUUCCACACAUGUUUUAAAGUUUCUGACAUAUUUUUUGCUGAAAAAAAGUAUAAUUACUACAAUGAAAGCCUCAUAAUGGCACCUAUUACUUCUCCAUAAUUAAAACAUUCCAAAAUAUAUGGGUAUUGCAAAAAUUUUAUCUAGUUAAACUGCUAGAUAAAGGAUGUCUGCUACUUCACUGUAAAGUCCAUUCUUAUUUAUGCAAAAUAUUGGACCAGGACUGGCCUCAUAAUAAUUUGUGAUGUCACAAAUCAUGAUCUUAGGCCCACAUCUAAAAAUCAGAUUUUCAGUGAGCACAGAGAAAAUGUACACCUUGAGCAGUGAAUGUGAGAACAGCCUCCUAAUCUCAAACUGCUCAAACAUUCAACUGUAGGAAGGAGAAGAAGAAAAAACAUAUUGGCUGGAGGGGGUCUUUAAUUAGUCGCAGUGGCAGUGGAGCCCUGAUAGCAAUUCAUGUUCACAGUGCAAAAGAAUUUAUUAUUCACGUGUAAUUACACUCACUCUCACUUUUGUGAUGCUGAGUUUACCCCUUAUUAUUGUAGCAAUGGUGUUGAUCCAAUCUACCAUCACUCACAAUGGCAAGACAAGGUUUUUGAAGAGGUUUGCUAACAAGUUCAGCUAUUUUUGUUGUAAUUCUAACAAACAUGCAUUAAUUGUCCCACUUUGUAAAAAGGCAUGUAAAUGUGUGUAUGUAUCUCCCAGUCUCCCUGUGCAAUAAAAACCAUGAUGACUUUGUUAAA